AAAUCAAAUCAAAUCAAAUCAAAAAAAUAAAAAAACCGAAAAAUAUGUUGGUCGCUUUCCCUUCCUCCACCAUCAUCAUCAACAUACCCAUUUUUAAUUUUCUCCUCUCACCCCUUAAAUCCCCCUCCAAAAUUUUUCCCCCUUUCUGCAAAAAAUAAAAAAUAAUAAUCCACUCACCUUCCAUGCAGCUCUCCCUCCGCCGCAAGCUCAACCCCUUCCUCCUCUCCGCCGCCGCCAUGAAACCCUCCGCCGCCGCCGCCGCCCGUAAGGGCGGCAACCUGUCGGUCUUCGCCGUGGUCGUCUCCAUCUUCAUCUUCGGCUGCUUCAUGUACAACGAGGACGUCAAAACCCUCGCCGAUUUCCCCUUCUCCCGCCCCAAGCCGGCGGAGCAAUCGAGCAGCGAUUUAGGCACAAUUGGAAACGGCAACGCCGCCACUGUCUCGGUGGUUGUGAACGCGCGGACCGUGGUGGAGAGCGAGGUGGAGGAGCCGGAAAUCGAUCGAGCUGGUAUCUCGAAAUCGAGCCCGGAAAACGAAGGAGAUGAAGGAAUUGAAGAGGAAAAUAAGAAGCGGAUCGAAAUUCGAGCUGGGGAAAACGAUAACGAUGAGGAUGAAGAUGAGAACGAGGAUGAUGGUGACGAAAUCGAAAUCCCGCCGGAGGAUUGCGAUUUGUUUACCGGGGAGUGGGUUUUUGAUAACGUCACCCACCCGUUGUACAAGGAGGAUGAAUGCGAGUUUUUAACGGCACAGGUGACUUGCAUGAGGAAUGGAAGGAAAAAUUCACUGUACCAGAAUUGGAGGUGGCAGCCCAGAGAUUGUUCUUUGCCUAAGUUUAAACCGAGACUGUUGCUCGAAAAACUGAGGAACAAGAGGCUGAUGUUUGUCGGGGACUCUUUGAACCGGAAUCAGUGGGAGUCGAUGAUAUGUUUGGUUCAGUCGGCAGUUCCUCCUGGCAGGAAGAGCUUGAACAAGACUGGCUCUUUAUCUGUUUUCAGAAUUGAGGAUUACAAUGCUACCGUGGAGUUUUACUGGGCCCCGUUCUUGGUGGAGUCCAACUCGGACGACCCGAAUAUGCACAGCAUUUUAAACCGCAUCAUCACGCCAAAGUCCAUCAAAAAGCACGGCAAGAAUUGGAAGAACGUAGACUACCUCGUUUUCAACACGUACAUUUGGUGGAUGAACACUUUUGCCAUGAAAGUCUUGCGAGGCUCGUUUGACAAAGGCUCGACCGAGUAUGAUGAAGUGCCGAGGUCCGUGGCUUAUAAUCGAGUGCUGAGGACGUGGUCCAAAUGGGUCGACAAAAAUGUGAACCCGAACCACACCCAAGUCUUCUUCAUGAGCAUGUCACCCGUCCACAUCAAGAGCUUGGACUGGAACAACCCGAACGGCAUCAAGUGCGCGAAGGAGACGACCCCAAUACUCAACACGUCGAUGCCACUCAAUGUGGGCACCGACCGAAAGUUGCUAGCUGUCGCGGCCAACGUGACGAGGUCCAUGCGGGUCCCGGUUCAUUUCAUGAACAUCACGACCCUGUCUGAAUACCGAAAGGACGCCCACACGUCCGUGCACACUAUUCGGCAAGGGAAGCUGUUGACUCCGGAGCAACAGGCGGACCCCACAAGCUUCGCCGACUGCAUCCACUGGUGUCUGCCUGGACUGCCUGACACGUGGAACGAGUUCCUAUAUGCGCGUAUUUUGUCGCGUUCUUGACACUAUACUUUAACAUGGAUGUUGUGUUUUGCUAACGUUGUUGCCCGAGCAAAAGUUUUUGGGAUUUUUU